GGCGUUUGUCAUCCCCACCUCAACUGUUCUUUCACGUCAGCUCGGUAGUUGCCAGGGACUAAACUAGCUUCAACGACGCCCCACUCUUUCCUGCCUGCGUAUCUGACUGUGUGUGUUCAACGAACAUUACAAUCGUCGCCAUCGCACUGACAACUCUCAGCUUCCGUGUGACAGCUAAGGGUGUUCCUUUUUUGGAUACGCAGCGCUUUCAUUUCGCCCUCACACCAUUAAACAUCUGGGAGCCGAAGCCUUUUCAGCAGAAUAUUAGUAGCUUCAGUAUUCAGUCCCCCUGCUGAUUCUCGUGCGUCGUAUUUUCCGUCGCUCAGUGGCGAGUCGGCCACAAUGGUCAGCCUAACUAGUAUGUUCCAUCGCAAGACGCAAGCGACGCUCGUGCUUCUACCCGAUGGCUCCAUGAAACUCUACACGGGCAAGGUGAAAGCCGGUGAUUUGAAAGGCGAAUACCCCAACUAUUACGUCACGUCGGAUGCAGAGCAAUCGACGCCACUCGACCCCAACACCCAGUUGCAACCUGGGGGGACGUACUAUUUAAACGAGAGCGCGGACGCACAGGCGGCGGUAGGAGCUCCAGUGGAAAAGGCGGAGGCUGGGACUGCUACUUCGACGCCGGCUGCAGCUGAAACUGCGCCGAAGCAAGUGGAGAGCGAAUUCGACGGCGUGGAUGAUGACCUCCUUUCGUACCUGACACUUAACGACGCCUCCGGAUUCUCUCCCGCCGGCGAUCAAUCUCACCGCCGCAGCUUGGAUUCCCGCAUGACCAAGUUCGGCGCAACGGAAGACCUUUCCACCUCCGCCGCCAACAGCCCCGCGUUCCGUAGCUUCCGCGGCUCCCCCGGCUCCGCCGUCGCGACGCCGGCCGCCGUCGCAUCCUCGCGCCGUCGGUCCAUGGGCGAGUACCCCGCGGCGCUGAGCCCCAUGACGGGGGGAGCUGCAGGCGCGCACCUAAGCGGAGGCGGCGGCGACGUUUUUGGCGGAUCAGGCCCGUACCACAGAACAUUGGGCGGAUCAGGGCUGAAGAACGCGGGAAGCCCGGCGGGCAUGGUCAUGGCGUCGCGAGCGGUUGGCGGGGAUAUGGUGGGCCAGCAGGGGUCCACGUCGCCAGCGACACACCUGGAGAGGAGAGAGAGCAUGAGUUCGGGGUCUGCUGGGUCGGGUUCUGGUUCUGGUUCAUCCCUGAUGGUGUGGUAGAAGUGACAAUUGACUCUUUGUUGGAUGGCAUUUGGUUGGCGGGUGGGUUGCGAUUUCUUGGUGGCUGAAUAUCUGCAUUUCUCGUGUUGGCUGCACGGCGAGCAGACAUGGGAGGGAGGGAGAUUGCGCAGGGAGAAGAUUUGGAUGCUGCUCUUGCUACCUGGCCCCAACAGACUCACCUUUCACGCCAUUUUUCCACUUGAUUUCAUUUUUCCCCACUUUUGCUUCCAACUCCAGGCCAGUUGUCUGUAUGAGCCCUUCACCCUUAGUGGAUGCUGUUGCUUGAUGCUGUAAUAACCCA